ACCAGUACCAGCCCAGUCCCCAAAUCCAGCAGGAGGCAUGAGGGCGGCGGCGCGGCCCAAGAUCGGCGACAGGGCGACGAGCGACGUGGUGGUGCGGCUGCGGACGCCGGACUCGGGCCGGGACGAGUGGCUCUACUGCCACUCCCGCGUGCUCGCCGCCGGGAGCGCCUACUUCGCCGACCGCCUCUCCGACGCCUGGCCGACGUGCCAGAUCCUCGACUCCCGCUACUGCGUCGAGGUCCACUGCCGCGACGCCGACCUCAGCUCCCACGUCACCGCGCUCCGCCUCCUCUACGCCGCCGAGCCCGUCUCCCGCUUCGGCGUCCGCGGCGCGCUCUCCCUGCUCGACGCCGCCGCGCACCUCGCCUGCGCCCGCACCGCCGCCGCCUGCGCCGACUACCUCGAGUCCGCCCCCUGGGACGAGGCCGACGAGGAGGAGAUCCUCGCCGCCGCCCCGCGCCUCGGCGCGCACCGCGCCCGCGUCCUCGCGCGCCUCCGCCCCGCCGAUCCGGCCCCCGCCACCGCCAUCUUCCUCUCCGCCUUCCGCCACGCGACGGCCGCGCCGUCGGCCGCCUCGCGGGAGCUCAAGUCCGCCGCCCAGGAGCAGCUGGAGUACAUGCUCACCGAGGACGACGACGCGCCGCUGCUCGCCUUCGGCGCCGGCAGCAGCGACGCCGUCAAGUCUCAGGUGAAGGGCUGCGUGACAGGCCUACUGAACAGCUUCAGCAAUUUCACCAGCUCCGCACUGAUGAAGCAGAGGGAGGCCCCUUGCUCCGGCGAGCUUCAGCAGGAUCUGCACUCCUUCGUCUCCGACAUCGCCUGGGUCUGCCAGGUCCUGGGCAAGCUGGAGAUGAUGAAAUUCCUCGCAGCCUACUGGGUGGAAGCAUCGUCGGCCGUCGUCGCGGCCGUCGAGGCGGCGGCGGCGGAGUGCCACCCGGGGCCUGAAUGUCUGAAGACCAGGCUGAAGGUCGUGGAGAUAUCCGCGAAGGUCCUGGAGGCCGUCGCGUUCGGCAACGUCGUCCUCCCGGCGGAGAAGCGGCGCCACGCCGUGAGCGUCUGGAUCGGCUUCGCCGGGACAACGAGGCAUCUGGUGGAUGAAGCCGAUCGUGGCAACGACGACGGCGACGGCGACGACGAGGACGGUAAUAAUGGCGACGGAGACACUGAAGCCGAAGCUGCAUCAGCAUCAGCAUCAGCAGCAGCAGCAAAGAUCGGCCUGGACGGCGAGGUGUGGCAGGGGCUGGAGUCGGCGAUCACCUCGAUCGUGACGACGCUGCCGUCGAACACCCAGGCCGAGGUGCUGUCGGAGUGGCUUCAGUCGAAGCACGCCGCGUUCCCGGACCUGUCGGAGGCGUUCGACGCCUGGUGCUACAGGUCCAAGGUCGCACGGAGGAGGCUGUCUUUCCUGAACAGCACCAAUAGGGCGUCCUGAUCCCCGGCCGGCCGGCCGGCAGGAGAGAUCCAUUGCCGUCGAGAGGAAUGCAUACUUCAUGAUGUCCAUCUGCAUGGUCUGGUCUGCAGUUGGCCUCUUCGGAUCAUCAUGGACAGCACUGAGCAUCUGCCUUUCUUCACCAACACCAAUGGACAUGGAAUUCCAUUGCUUUGCUAUAUAUGGUCAUAUACAUACUCACAUUGUCAAUCGUAGGCGUGGCUCGUGGGAACUGCUGCAAGAUCUCCUUAUGAACUUGCAGUCAGCAUAGUAGAUGCAACUUUUCGGACAUACCAUAGCUGAUGGAAUAAGUAAGCACCAUCCAACCAGUGCCCUGCCCUGUGGAAUCGGGGACACUCAUGUGAGUGUGUACUCUGUGGUGCCAACAAGUUUGAUGAUACUUGA